AUGUCAUCAAUCGUUCAACACGCUGCAGAAGCCGCACUCUUCUCCCCACUCCAAGACACAGACCCCACAGACCCCACAGACUCCACAGACCCCACAGACUCCACAGACCCCACAGACUCCACAGACCCCACAGACUCCACAGACCCCACAGACUCCACAGACCCCACAGACUCCACAGACUCCACAGACCCCACAGACUCCACAGACUCCACAGACUCCACAGACUCCACAGACCCCACAGACUGCACAGACUCCACAGAUCCCACAGACCCCACAGACCCCACAGACUCCACAGACUCCACAGACCCCACAGACCCCACAGACCCCACAGACUCCACAGACUCCACAGACCCCACAGACUCCACAGACUCCACAGACUCCACAGACCCCACAGACUCCACAGACCCCACAGACUCCACAGACCCCACAGACCCCACAGACCCCACAGACUCCACAGACCCCACAGACUCCACAGACCCCACAGACUCCACAGACUCCACAGACUCCACAGACCCCACAGACUCCACAGACUCCACAGACCCCACAGACCCCACAGACCCCACAGACUCCACAGACCCCACAGACCCCACAGACUCCACAGACUCCACAGACCCCACAGACCCCACAGACCCCACAGACCCCACAGACCCCACAGACCCCACAGACUCCACAGACUCCACAGACCCCACAGACCCCACAGACCCCACAGACUCCACAGACUCCACAGACCCCACAGACUCCACGGACCCCACAGACCCCACAGACUCCACAGACUCCACAGAUCCCACAGACCCCACAGACCCCACAGACUCCACAGACUCCACAGACCCCACAGACCCCACAGACUCCACAGACCCCACAGACUCCACAGACUCCACAGACCCCACAGAUCCCACAGACCCCACAGACCCCACAGACCCCACAGACCCCACAGACUCCACAGACUCCACAGACUCCACAGACUCCACAGACUCCACAGACUCCACAGACUCCACAGACCCCACAGACUCCACAGACUCCACAGACCCCACAGACUCCACAGACCCCACAGACUCCACAGACCCCACAGACUCCACAGACUCCACAGACUCCACAGACUCCACAGACCCCACAGACCCCACAGACCCCACAGACCCCACAGACUCCACAGACCCCACAGACUCCACAGACCCCACAGACUCCACAGACUCCACAGACCCCACAGACUCCACAGACUCCACAGACCCCACAGAUCCCACAGACCCCACAGACUCCACAGACUCCACAGACUCCACAGACCCCACAGACCCCACAGACUCCACAGACUCCACAGACCCCACAGACCCCACAGACUCCACAGACCCCACAGACUCCACAGACCCCACAGACUCCACAGACCCCACAGACUCCACAGACCCCACAGACUCCACAGACCCCACAGACCCCACAGACUCCAAAGACUCCACAGACUCCACAGACCCCACAGACUCCAAAGACUCCACAGACUCCACAGACCCCACAGACCCCACAGACUCCACAGACCCCACAGACCCCACAGACUCCACAGACUCCACAGACUCCACAGACCCCACAGAUCCCACAGACCCCACAGACUCCACAGACUCCACAGACCCCACAGACCCCACAGACUCCACAGACCCCACAGACCCCACAGACCCCACAGACUCCACAGACCCCACAGACUCCACAGACUCCACAGACUCCACAGACCCCACAGACUCCACAGACUCCACAGACCCCACAGACUCCACAGACCCCACAGACCCCACAGACCCCACAGACUCCACAGACCCCACAGACUCCACAGACCCCACAGACCCCACAGACUCCACAGACCCCACAGACCCCACAGACCCCACAGACUCCACAGACUCCACAGACUCCACAGACCCCACAGACCCCACAGACCCCACAGACUCCACAGACUCCACAGACCCCACAGACUCCACAGACUCCACAGACUCCACAGACUCCACAGACCCCACAGACCCCACAGACCCCACAGACUCCACAGACUCCACAGACCCCACAGACCCCACAGACCCCACAGACUCCACAGACUCCACAGACUCCACAGACCCCACAGACUCCACAGACUCCACAGACCCCACAGACCCCACAGACCCCACAGACCCCACAGACUCCACAGACUCCACAGACCCCACAGACUCCACAGACCCCACAGACUCCACAGACCCCACAGACUCACUGCUGCUGCUUUGA